ACGAACAAUCGAUGCGCCAUAUCAGUAGUUCCCCCCAACCGACGUUGAACAUCACACGACAUCUGCACAGACACGUAGCUGAUAGUACGCUCAAUGCCUCUGAUCGCACAGAAUCCAAAAGACCGGGUCAUCCUCGGUUUGAUGACCUUUGGCCCCGAUGAGAGCAGCGGCGCGCGUAUCACCGAGUUUGAUGAGUUUACCAAACACCUCGAUUACUUCCAGGCGCAGGGCUACAAUGAAGUUGAUACUGCGCGCAUGUAUGUCGGCGGCAAGCAAGAAGCAUGGACGCGCCAGGCUGGUUGGAAAGAGCGUGGCCUUACUCUUGCUACCAAAGUCUACCCAUUCGAGGCUGGCGUCCACAAGCCCGAGAACUUGAAGAAGCACUUCACCACUAGUCUGCAAGAGCUUGGCGCCGACUGCGUGGACAUCUUCUAUCUCCAUGCGCCCGACCAUAGCGUGCCGUUUGAAGAGACGCUCAGAGCAGUCAACGAGCUGCACAAACAGGGCAAGUUUGUCAACUUGGGCCUGUCAAACUUCGCAGCAUGGGAGGUUGCCGAAGUUUACAACAUCUGCAAAGAACGAGGAUGGGUCAAGCCGACCAUUUACCAGGCCAUGUACAAUGCCAUUACUCGCGCCAUUGAGCCGGAGCUUGUUCCCGCAUGCCGCAAGUAUGGCAUUGAUAUUGUCGUCUACAACCCUUUGGCGGGUGGCCUCUUUUCCGGCAAGAUCAAGUCCAAGGACAUCAAGCCUGACGAAGGCCGGUUCGGGACCAAAGCUGACCGCAUUGGCACAAUGUACCGCGAUCGCUACUUCAAGGACGCGACGUUUGAGGCCCUCAAGAUUGCAGAGGAAGCUGCUCAAAAGCACAACUUGACGCUGCUUGAAAUUGCACUGAGAUGGUGUGUUCAUCACUCCGAGCUCAAGACACGAGUCAAAGGCGGCAAUGACGGUGUCAUUAUUGGCGUCAGUAGUCUCAAGCAACUCGAGGGCAAUCUCGCGGAUCUGGAGAAGGGACCUCUGCCUGAUGAUGUUGUCAAGGCGUUGGACGAGGCAUGGAUGGUUUGCAAGGCAACUGCGCCUACGUACUUUCGGUAGAUGGGCCGGUGUUUGGUUGCUGUACCGUACCGGCGUUAGCUGAAUAGUCAGCGAAACUCAUUAGUCAUCCAGUUCCGAUUCCGAGGGGCAUUCCAGUCGACUUGGCAAUUGCCUUGAUUGGAAGGUGCAAACAAGGCCGUACUACUUAGAGACACCUCGUUGGAGGGCGUAUGUUAGUCCAUCUAUAAACCUGUUCACCACUGUGU